UCUGCAUCAUUCCUUGGCAUAAGUUGUUGCUUUUUUUGUGUUGAUCAAAACAAUCCAGAACACAUCCUGCUUGCUCUUGAACAAGUUGCCCAUCCACACACUGCCCAGUCCAUUAAGGCCUGCGUGGAUAAGUGCAUGCAGGAAUGGGGCAUUUCAAAUGACAAAAUUGUGACUGUAAUAACGGACAAUGGUAGCAAUAUGGUAGCAGCAUUUAAACACAGUACUCAAGAAGAAGAAGAGGCUAGCUCAGAUGAUGAAGAGGAGUCCCCCCGAGGUGAAAGUGAUUCAGAGGAGGAGAUUGAAGACCAUCGCUAUCAAAACAUGGAGAUGGAUAUGGAACGGAUGCCAUGUGUGGUUCACACGCUGCAGCUUGUGGUCCACAUGCUAAACAAGGAGGCAAGUGUGAAGCGACUCCUUGACAAAGCACGAUCAAUUGUGAAGCUCUUUCGCAAGUCAUCUGUUGCUACACAGAAGAUUUUGGAUAAGUGUGGCCUAAUUGUUGUGAAUGAUUGUCCCACGCGCUGGUCAAGUACAUAUUACAUGAUUACACGACUCCUCAAAGUUAAAGAUCCUCUUUGCGAAAUAGCAAAUGAGAUGGGGUGGGACAACUUACUCUCUAGUGAGUGGCAGAAGCUCAGCUCAUUGCAUGAACUCCUGUUGCCUUUUGCCGAACACACACAGACUCUUCAGAGUGACACGAUGUCUAUGUCACUGAUCGUCCCUGCCCUCUUAGAUUUACAUAGCCACCUUACUGAUUUUGAAGAAAACACAAAUCAUCGGGAUUUUGCCACUCUAGCGCGAAAAUGA